UAUAUUUCAGCUUUAUUUAUUCUAUCAGAUCUAAGUUCUAAAACAUCUUAUUACUUCUAUCACUGUUUUUUUUCUUUCUUCUUUUUUCUAAUUAAAAUCCCUAUCCCCCUCUCUUUGAUGAAGAUCACAAGCACCCAUCGACCUUCAACAACCCUCCUUCCCCUCCUCUCUCUCUUUCCAUCCCAUGCAUGAAACUAAUGAAUUGACUACAUCUUUGCCUCUCCAAAAGGAAACCCAAGCACCACACCACCCCCACAAAACUAAUCAAUCGAUUAUUCAAGCACCCUCUCCUGCGGCAAAGCAAAACAUAAACAUGAUGUCCUCCGACAACACACCGCCAGGGAAGCCUCCUCCCGGCACAAAAGGCGGUGAGAGCCUAGCAGCAGGAGGAGGUGGAGGUGGAGGCGCAAGCAGCAGGGCGAAGCCCACGUCAUCAUCAUCCUCAGGAGCAAAGCAGCAGCAUCCGCCACCGGAGCAAGCCCUCAAGUGCCCGAGAUGCGACUCGCCCAACACCAAAUUCUGCUACUACAACAACUACAGCCUCACGCAGCCACGUCACUUCUGCAAGACCUGCCGGAGAUACUGGACCAAAGGCGGCGCCUUGCGCAAUGUCCCCAUCGGCGGAGGCUGCCGGAAGAACAAGAGAGUGCGGUCGUCGUCCUCGAAUUCCAGGCUCUCCUGCAGCCUCGACUCGAAAGACUCCGCGGGCUCUUCCUCCUCGGAGAAUAUGAUGCUGGGCGGCUUGAAGUUCUUCCAUGGCAUUUCUCCCGCCAUGGAUUUUCAGCUCGGCGGCCUAUCAUCUUUGCCUAGCAGGCUCCACCAUAACCCUUCAUCUGGAAUCAGUUAUAAUAACAACAACAACCAGUUUUCGGCUUUUGGAGACGUUUCGGGUACUUCUGGAUUGACUAUAAGCACUCCUCUUGAUACAUCAGCCUCUUGUAAUUCUUUUCUGGGUUUCAAUUAUCCGCUCACUUUGGGCGGCGGAGGCGGCGGUGGAGGAGGCGGUGGCGGUGAUGGGUUUAGUGCUACUCAGAAUAUGAUGAGCUCUAUGAAUGUUCAUAGUAGCCUUGCGUCGUCGAUUGAGUCCUUGAGCUCCAUUAACCAAGACCUUCACUGGAAAUUGCAACAGCAGAGGCUGGCCAUGUUGUUUGGGAGUGGCAAUGAUCAUGAUCAGUCAACUCAGACAACGCAGUCUCAGCUAGAGCAGCAGCAGAAAACGCAGCAGAUUGCACCCAUAAGCUUGUUUCAGAAUCUGGAGGUUUCAUCAAAAGCUGAUCAUCAGCAUCAACAUCAAGUUGUUGGCACUCAUGGAAGAAGAGAAGGUGCAAGUGCGAGCGGAGAUACAGCGACGGAGUGGUUCUUUGGGAAUUCUUAUGCGCCGCCAGUGACUCCAACUCCAACCAACAGCGGAGGUGGAAACGGUGGCGGCGGUGGCAAUGAAAACACAAGCAACUGGCAACAUGGAAUUCAAGCGUGGAGUAGUCAUGAUUUGCAGCAAUAUAAUGCUUUGCCCUAGAUGAUCAUGAGGAACUGAGUCUCAGGCUCCAUCUCUCCUCCUCGGCCUCUGAUCACAAUGUCAUUGUAUGAAACAGAAACACACCACAGUAGCUCAGUAGCUCAGUAGCAGUAAUGGCCAGCUACUUAAAGCCUCCGUAGCCCUGCAAUAGUUGCAAUGUUGAGCCAGCCUAGCUAGCCUCUGAUCUCUCUCUCUCUCUCUCUCUGUGGCUUGGGCUGUCUUCGUAAUAAUUAGUGGCAGUGUUGUGUGUACAUGAUUUGGUGCUGUCUGAAAAAGUGGUGGUUUGAAAGUGUAUUGAAUGAAGGACUGUCAACAUUUGAAUCAAUGAGAGAGAGAGAGAGAGAGAGAGAGAGAGAGAGAGAAACAAAAAUGUGGCAUCUUAAAGCUUAGGGUUCGUUUUUUGGUGUAUCAAAAAAAUGUUGUGUGUUUAGCUUUUUAGAGUCUUGGAGAGCGAGCCCUCCUCCCUCCGUGCUAAUUGCUACCUACCGCUGAAAGCAUCUCUCAUUGUGAUUCUGUUUCAUGACAAGUGAGAGGGAAAAGCAAACCCUUUCUCUCCCUCUGCCUUGCCCAACUUUAUUCUUUACUUUGCCUAUUUAUGUAAAACUA